AGAAAGUUCUCCAAACAGAAACGUUGACUCAUUGCUUAUCUUCAUCCCAUUAACUACUUGCAAGUGUAGCAACCUACCGCUUCUUGCUUGCCCGAAAAAACACUUUUACCUCAUAAAUUCUCCAUCAAACGAACAAUCCUUUCCUUAAUACCCAUUCUACAAUUUGCCAAACCAAAUCUCAACCCAUUCCUUAAUCAAUUACCAAAGCCCCCAACUUUUCCAGGAAAAUUUCCCUGGAAAUUUCAUUCUCUAUAUUUUCUCAAGAAAGUUGCUAGCAAAUUUUCUCGGAAAAUGGAAGGUCGCCGGAGGGUAACGCUCUAUGAUCAAAUGACAGCUGGAAACAGUAGUAGCCGAGACUCGCUAGCCAGCUUGAUGCUCGACGACGUCGUUUUCAAGAAGACCGAAGCCGAAGGGAGCCGCAGGCUGAGCCGAAGCGGAAGCCGAACCCUCCAAGACAUCAUCUACGAAGAUGAACCCAACAACAACAACAACGUCAAGGAUCAUCGCAAGCCGUGGCAAGCCUUGAAGGACAAGCUUCGGUUCAAGCACACUAACGUUAAUGAUAAUGUUAACACAACAACGUUGCCAUCAUCUCAAGCUCGCCUUGACUCGGCCGCAUCAACUCAGCACAACUCGGCCGCACAACAACAAAACGACGUCAUCGAGGAAGACGUUAACGAUUCAGAUCCGACAACCCAACUGGAGUCUCCGGUCGACAACCCUGUCGCCGGCAGCGACUCCUCCGACGAGGGAAACAACCACGCGCCGGCGGGGAUGUCGCUGAUGGAUUUGUUAGAGGAAACGGAGCAGGAAAUGGAUUUGUAUAGAAUGAGUGAUGAUGAUGACGUUGAAGAAUAUGGCAAAGAAGAAGAAGGGGGUGGCGCAGAAGAAAAGGGUGGUGUGGUGGAGUAUAAUUGCUGCGUGUGCAUGGUGAGGCAUAAAGGUGCGGCGUUUAUACCGUGUGGACACACGUUUUGCAGGAUGUGUUCUAGGGAGAUUUGGGUGAACAGAGGGAAUUGCCCUCUCUGCAAUAAUUUAAUUUUGGAAAUUCUUGAUAUAUUUUGAACACGAUAAUUAUUUUUAAGAGUGACAAUGUUAGCAACCCG